AUGCUUCAGACAAUCCAACAAGACGAAGGUCUUAUCAUGGAGUCAAGGAAAGGAAACUGCCGCCCCAUCGAAACUGGAGACGUGUUCAGCCUGGUCAUGGCAAAAGAAGAAGCUGCCAAGAUGAAAGUCAUGAUCGAUAUCCAGUGGGCAAAUGCAAAACUUGCGGCGAUUUCUGGUGCCGCAGACUUUUGGGAGCCUGAGCCUCCGGCCGGAUAUUCCAGCGACCCUGACGUCGAUCGCUCCGACGAUGUUGCAGCUUGGCGUGAGACUCUUCAGUCUGAUUGA